CCCCCAACUGCUUUUCUUGCAGAAAACACAACCAAUAGGUGAAUCCAUCGAGGCCGACAAUCUAAGAUGUCGCACACCAUUUUACUUGUACAGCCGGGGGCAUGCCCACAGAGUCGCACUUUCUGCGACUACGAGAGCGUCAACGAGUGCAUGGAGGGCGUGUGCAAGAGCUACGAGGACCAUCUGAAAAAACUCUACCCCAACAAACAAGCAAUUAAAUACGAGAUCGGCCAGCUAUUCGAUUUCAUCGAGACAAUGAGGGACAUCUGCUGCUUGGUGUACCAGAAGACCACCCAAACAUAUGCCCCGUUCAACAAGGAGUGGAUCAAGGAUAAGAUUUAUGUUAUGCUCAGUGCGUCAUAAAGUGGCAGCCCUUAAAAAGGAUCGAUGGGA